CACCGUCCUUCUCCCUUUCUUCACGUUUGUUUAUAAACAAAGACAUAAGAUAAAGAAAGAGUCGUCUCCUCUGUAAUAAAUAUCUCAAAAUCAGAUAACCCACAUAGAUUUAGUUCUCUGUCUUCGCUUCUACUUAACACACAACUCGUGUCCUCAACACAAGUUAUAAACAACAAGUUCUUUGUUUCAGAGCCGUUUUGUCGCAGGUUUGUGCUGAAAUAUGGAGAACAAGACCAAUAAAGGAAGCGAGGAUGGUCCGAAACAUAGCCAGGUGGUGAAGAUAAAAAGAGAGUUUGAGAAGAUAAGUCAACCAUCGCUGCAGCAGCCGGAGAUGAGGAGGCUCCUUGGCGAGUUCACGAGGCGUCAACGUUCACGUUCUCCUCUCGGUUUAGGAGAGAGAUCUAUUUCCGUUGGGAAUUGAUCUAUGUUCGCUUUUGUAAUAGAGAGAGAGAGAGAGAGUGAGAGAGAAGAAGAAGAGGAGGUUCCUAAUAGAUAGUUGCAGGGUUUUGUUGUAUAUAUGCUUUCUUCCAUGUAAAUACUCUUUUGGUUUGAAUAUAUAUGAUCGAUGAAUCU